AUGGUACCGAAAAUGUUCAAUGCUUUGAUUAUAUUAAAUGCUGUUUUUCUUGCCACAACAUACCAAAUAGAAUCUUUCGGUUGCAUGGCUAUUAUUUGUUCACCGCCAAAAAUUUGCAAAGUUAUUGAUGAAAUAGCUCAAUGCGUGCUGCAGAAUUCUAGUAUUUCACCACCAGUCUCAGCUAAAAUGCCCCCACCAGCCGAUCGGAUUUUUUAUCCUGCACCAUUAUUUUGCGAUUUGCCUCCAUUAACGGGUCAAUGUUCAAAGUCUAGAAUAUUGUGGUUUUAUAACUCGGAAAUUGGGCGAUGCGAGAGGUUUACUUACAGCGGAUGUGGUAACAGAAAUCGUUUCUUCAGCCGCACACAAUGUGAACGAACGUGUCAACGAGUAUAA